AUGGCAAACGUGUACUACGACGAUUCGCGAAGUGGCUUCUACUCGCAGGAGGCCGCCAACGUUAUCUUUACUGGGGCUAUGGCCCGGCUUUACGGCUGGAUUGCGCUGGGCGUGAUCACCACCGGCGCGGUGGGCUGGAUCAGCCACCAGGCCGGGAUCCUGGAGAGCAUCCUAGAGAACUUCGGGAUGAUCGGGUACUUCGUGGUGCUGGGCGUCUGGCUGGCCUGCAUCUUCGGUCUCAGCUUCAUGGCCAGCCGCGUUCCGCCUGCGGUGGCGGGAGGGGCCUAUCUCGUCUUCACCGCCAUCACCGGGUGA